AGAAAGGAGCUAGUCCCCUUUAGCUUUGCUGACAUUCUCAACAAGCUUUGUAAGGGUUAGGACUGUGUGUGUGGAGUCUUUGCCACAUAAACUCACAUUCUCACAGACUUUGGGGCUGUUUAUUUUGGUAGGACACGGAGCGACACAGAGCAAGAAACUGCUCUCAGGGCUUGAUUUUAGAGAGAGAGGAAAGUGAUAUCAGAAGCUGGUGUAAAUUCUUCUAUUUCUAUCGGUCUGAGGCACAAAUAAGAGGACCACUACAAGCAGAAAAGAGGCAAACAUGUCCAACGCUCUGCUGAGGAGGAACUCCAGCAAACAGGGUUUGCAAAAUCUAAUGAGGCUCACUGCUCAGAGGAGCAUUGAGGACGCUGAAGAGGUGGAGCGGGAACGUCGACGGAAAGCUCGAGAAGCUUUACGUCGAAGGAACAGUGGCUCAACACCUGAAGACUCCUCCCCAGAGAGCGAGGCACCAGAGGAGAGGAGCACGUAUGAUUUCAAACGGAACCCCAGCAGUUCUCCGUCUCUUGAGGAGGACGAGGGCUUUAGCGACUGGACUCAGCGCAGAGAGAAACAAAGGCAGCAGCGUCUGCAGGAGCUCAGCCUGGAUGGUGAAGAGGAGGAAGUUCAGGAAGAUGUCUUUACGAAGAACAGUGCACCCAAAAACGCUGCCCUGGCCCAUUCCAUGCACUUCAGUCAAGUCCAAAGACAGGAGCAGGAGGAGGCUAACAGCAUCACAAUGGAGGCGGUGAGGAGGAAAGAAAACGAGCAAGAGGCUAGGAGAGUGAAAGAGAGGGAAGAAAUGAAGAUGGAUAAAGGGUUGGCAAAUACAAAAAAAGACAUUCAAAAGCCAAGUACAGAGGGAGAGAAAAAGAAAGAAAUUAAAGUGUCCUACACAUCAAAGGUUUUCCUUUGCCAAGAGCCAAAGCACAACAGCCCAAAGACGGACACGGCUGGUCAGGUGGCCACGUCAUCCAUGAACCGGAUGGAGCGAACCAGCAGAAGAUCUGUGGAGUCAGAGGAGGUGAAGCCCUUCCUGGAGGCAGAGCAGCGACUGGAGAAGAUCCGCCACAGCCUGCAGGAGAAGGAGAGCCAGGAGCUGAAGCAAAUAAGAGAUAGACAGCCUGAGGCUGAGCAGGAGCUGGAGCAGCUGAAGAAGAGGAGGGAGGAGAGGCGCCGAGCUCGCGAGGAGGAGGAGCGCCAAAGGGAGCAGGAGGAGAAACAACAGCUGGCGAUAGAGGAGGAGGAAAGAAGAAAGAUGAGGGAAGACAUGGAGAGGAGGAGGAUGGAAGCUGCAGCCAGGAUGAAGAGCCUCAGUACAUCCAGUGCAGAAGGAGAGGAGGUGUUCAGUCCUUUUACUCCCAAAGUUUCAACACAAAAGAUCAAUGAGAGAACCAAUUCUCUGAACCGUUCACUAAAGAAAAGUAACAGCUUCAAGAAGACUCAGCCUCUCUUUCUUCUGACCAAGAUUGACGACAAGCUGGAGCAGUACACUCACGCUGUGGAGAACUCCCAGGAUACCCGUGCAGUGAAGCCAUCGCUUACUGACGUACCCAACUCCCCAGAGGUUGUUGCCACCAAGAAGAAUCUGUUUGAGGCUGGAGAAGCUUGGAGCCCAACCAAAGGAGUCACAUGCAAGGACACUGGCAGUCUGAAGGUGGGCGUGGCCAAUCUUAUCACACAUUGGGUCAAAGGUCCCUCAGAAACCAGCAGCAAACAGUCACCAUGCAGACCAUCUGAUGUGAGGCCUGGAGAUGUGCUGCAGAAAAAGAAUCUUUGGGAAAUACUUGGAGACCCAUCAGUGAGGACAGAACAGAAAGCAAAGCCAACAGCACAUGGUAAAAAACAUAAAUUUGUUGUCACUGGUCAUGGAAAAUACGAGAAGAUAUCUGUGGAUGAAUGUGGAGACCUCAGCCAAAAGACCGGUAGGACAUCUGACAUUAAGCAGAAAUAUACUGUGACAAAUACUGUGUAAUUUUUGAGCUUUUUUUUUUAUCUGUGCAUCACCUACAUCAGGGGUCUUCAACCCUGAUCCUCAUGACCCACUGUCCUGCAUGUUUCAGGGGUUAACCUAAACUAUUAGAACCUGAGAGUCUGUUUGACCAGUACAAUGUAGCUUGAGUUCAACAGUCCUUUAGUCCUUCAGCUUAAAUUUUUUGAACUUAACAACCCAUGUGAUUUGGUUAUACAGUGUUAAAAAAUUGUCACUGUUUACUAUCAGCACAGAUAUACCAACAUUUUUAAUUCUAGUUCUUUAGAGAGGAUGUCUCUAAUCAGUAUUGUACCUCUCAUGGCCAGCACAGUGAAUAUAGUUUAGAAAAAUAAAGGUUAGUUAGUUAGUUAGUUAGUUAGUUAGUUAGUUAGUUAGUUAGUUAGUUAGUUAGUUAGUUAGUUAGUUAGUUAGUUAGUUAGUUAGUUAGUUAGUUAGUUAGUUAGUCUAAUGGCUAAUCAGAAUGAAGCCUAAAGCUGAUUUUUGCCAUCUUCUAACAACUUCAGUUUCAGAAAAGACAAGACAGCUCAUGGGAAGCUAGAAAACAAUGACAAAUAUAAAAGUAGUUAUUGACACACAAGACAGAAGGAUGAUUCAAGAAGCAAAUAAUCUUUAUAAAUACAAAUAAGCUUUAUUUCUGCACUGGGUUUACAAAUGAAAAAAGGCAAAACAGUUCACCAGGUGGGAGCAAGUUGCCCCUCUUUUGCAAUAACAGCAAAUAGUGUAACUGUCGUUGAAAUUUAUCACAAUGUAUGAUGAUUUCAAGGUGAAAUUUGACAUAACUGUUAUUUAUCAUUAAUUAUUUAUUUGAGCAUUUAUUAUUUCGAAGGUGAUUUGAAAUAAUGGAUGGAAAAACAAAAACCGUUUUUGGUUUCCAUCCAUCCAUCCAUUGUCUAUCCUGUGCAAGUCAUCUCAAGGCACU